AUGAAGCUGCUCGUCGUAUUUGCUUUGACUCUGGCCUACGCCUCGGCUUCGGUGCUUCACGGCUUCAAUUCCUUAGAGGAUGAUACCAAUGUUAGCAUCAUCCAUGGACAUAAUGCUGCGCCCGGACAGUUCCCCUACCAAGUUCAACUACUUUUACCAGGCGGCUUACAGUGUGGCGGCUCCUUGAUUAGUCAUCGUUGGGUUCUGACCGCCGCUUACUGCACAGAACACUACGAUAAUAUCACAGUUCGCUUGGGUAACAAUCUAAAAUCUACCCCGCGGGUAACGUACAUUGUUAGUAAGAAGGACAUCAUCAUUCACGAAGACUUUAACAGUAAUGAGCUUAAUGACGAUAUCUCACUUAUCCGCAUUCCAUACGUUAAAUACAACAGCUAUAUUAAUGCUGUAAAGCUACCUAAGAUCAAUAGAUCCUAUCCCUCCUAUGCUGGGAAGAAAGCUUACAUUACGGGCUGGGGAGCGACCUCGUUUGAUUCCACCCAUAAACCCGAAAUACUCCAGUACGCCAAAUCACCUCAGCCGAAACUUGGGAAGGCGAUACUGGCAUCCCAUUAGUGGAAACACGUAGCUCGGUACAGAUCGGUAUAUCCUGCUAUGAUAGUCCGGAACCCAAACGCAAACACCCCGCUAUAUUCACCCGAGUGACUAGUUACCUCAAAUGGAUCAAGUACCACACCGGACUCCCUUUGUGAUAUGUUGUUUUAAUGAAGGCUAAUACUCCUUUUAAUUAUAUAGCAAAAUUCCAAUCAU